AGACUUGUGGAGAAGAAUCGAACAGUCGGGACUUGACAAUGCAUUAAAGAAGCUUUCAUCCUCCAGAUCGGAACUGUGUGUUAUAUCAGGAGUUUCUUCUGAUGAAGCUGAGCACAUCAACACAGUUAUGGUGGAGUUCUGUGAAAUGAUAAACUGUAUACGUCUGGCAUUUGUGGAAAACGAAAAGGAAAUAUUUGACAGUGACGAACGAGAAAAACGGUAUUUGAAAAUCACAUGCCCAACCAUACUUAAAGUUUGGACAAGCUACAGUAUAUUUGCAGCAGACUUCGCCAUGAAAUUUGUUUCCAAGGGAUGGUUGAAUUCCUCUGAACACCGAGAUCUGCUGUCGUCAGUGACAAAAGUGGCCGCCAGUAGUGUAAAACUGCUCAUCAUGGCCGUCAACAUGGACGACUAUCAUACUCUAGA